ACGGAGGUCCUAACAAGAGACAACUUCAGGAUGAUCCUUCUGUGCAUUACCCUGCUUCUUCUUCAUCAAGGAUAUGCAGAUAUCUUAGUGACCACAGUUGAACUUGGUGAACCUGCAACCUUCACAUGUGUUUUCACCGAUUCGGAGUAUAGCAAUACACGAAUCAAGUGGUACAGACAGAGAAUUGGUGAUACUCUUACAUUAAUCACCACACUGAUGAAAGGCACUGCACAACCUACGUUUGAGCAAGGGUUUGAUCCCUCACAAUUCUACACAAACCAUUCAAAGACCAUGAGCACUCUGAUCAUUUUGAAGACAGGCCCAGAAGAUGAGGCACUGUAUCACUGUGCAAUCACUACCUGGAGUACGGAUCAGUGGAGUGGCACAUAUUUGUCUUUAAAAGGAAACUCUCUGAGGACGACAUACUCUACUGUUGUUCAGUGGCCGUCGGCAUCUGAUCCAGUGAAUCUAGGAGACUCCGUGACUCUCCAGUGUUCGGUCCUUUCUGACUCUCAAAUUAAGUCCUGUCCAGUUGAAAACAGUGUGCACUGGUUUGGAGUCAGAUCAGAUAAAUCUCUUCCAAACAUCAUAUACAGUGGUGGAAAUAGACAUGAUGGAUGUGAGAAGAUAACUGACACUCAGACUAGCUGUAUUUAUCGCUUCACUAAGAACAUCAGCUCCUCCGAUGCUGGAACUUACUACUGUGCUGUGGCCACAUGUGGGGAGAUAUUAUUUGGAAAUGGAACAAAACUGGACAUUGAAGUUUCAGCACUCAACGUGUGGGAUUUGCAGAAGGCCAACGUAGUUCUGAUUUUCUUACUUGCAUCUUUGGCUUUAAGUCUGAUUGUUAUUGCCUUCCUGAUUCAUACCGUGAAGAUGAAAACUUGCGAUUGUUCCAAUGCCGCCGUUGCUCUGCAAAGAAAUGCUGCAGCAGCAAGAGGUGAACCCCAAAGUCAGCAGAGAAAUGAGGACUCAUUGGUGUAUUCUGCACCAAACUUCACCAAGAGGAAAACUGGCAGAGCAGAGAGAAAGCAUGUAAAAACAGCAGAGGGAGAGACCAUCUACACUGAUGUCAGGACUUUAGUGAAAGAUUAACAAUCUGCUGGAUUUGCGAUUAAAAACUAAUAUAGUUUUUGUCUGGCACAAUUUUGUAAAUAUGCUGCUACAGAUCUGACAUCAGUAACAAUCUUUUGUUUAGAUAACCUUAAAGAAUGUUUCAUGUAUCAUUUUGAUAUUUGAUAUGUCUUCAAUGGAUUUUGUUGAUAUUCUACGGCAUCUGUUAAUUCUUGUUUAUUUUUUGUGCCUUUUUAUUCAAUCUUUAAUGUUUGCAAUGCAGUAACAAAUACAAUGCUUUUAAAGCAAUUACCCAAGGUCCACAGGGUUCAUCUAGCAUAAUCAAAAAUUAAAAAAAAGAACAAAAACCUUGUGAGGACUGUAUACAUUUUUCAUAUUUCCUUCAAGUGUUGAGUAAUGUGACAUAGUGCAUGUCUUAACCCCUUAAUUGACUUGAGAUCUAAAUAUUAAAAUUGUUUUUAAUAAUCAGUGCAAAAGCAAAUAUGCGGCCAAGCCCAAUAACAUUACCCA